AUGUCGGAUAAUGAGCUACCCUCAUCCUUUUUGAACGACGUUGACCUGCAGUGCUCGCUGUUUCCCGAUUUACCGGAUUUAACGAACGAUGAUGGGCUGAGCCCACUGGAUCGCUGGAAAAACUCCCCGCCAGAGACAGAAGCUGUUGAUUUGAGUGAUAUAGUGAAGUCCAUAAGACUCGACAACAGCCAGGGAACGUAUCAGAUGCGACAAAAUUCUCAAGAUGCAAAAUUUUCACAGCGCGGUUAUCGACGCUCUCGCCGCUCACCAUCAUCAGUUGCUGCGUCCGACUCAACCAGAUCUAGUGCCUCGAGCAGUUCAGCGUCAUCAGCCCACAGCUUUGGGUCCAACGUAUCGGGCUCGUUUGGGCGAUUUUAUGCGGGAGUACCAACACGGCGCCGACGCAGACGCCAGCGUAAGAAGUCACCUGUGUCUCGUGGACGUACUCAAUCACCAAAACGGCUUUACCAAUGCACCUUUUGCACAGACACAUUCAAGUCAAAACAUGACUGGGUAAGGCACGAGAAGAGCCUGCAUCUGUCGUUGGAAAGUUGGACUUGCGCGCCAUUCGGACCGACCUAUAAGAUCCAAGGUGCGACUCUAUCAAGAUGCGUCUAUUGCGAUACAGAGGACCCAUCCGAGAUCCAUGUUCGUGACCACCGCUUCUGGGAAUGUCAGCAAAAGCCAUCUGUCCUCCGAACGUUCUAUCGAAAAGACCAUCUUAUCCAGCACCUGCGCUUGGUGCAUGGAACAGACAACAGUAUUCCUCACGUGGAAGAAACAUGGAGGUCAGAAGUGACACACGUCAAUUCACGAUGUGGCUUUUGCGAGCAAACUUUUACACGGUGGGCCGACCGGAAUAAUCACCUUGCAGCCCAUUUUCGGGACGGUCUCCUGAUGAAGGACUGGAAAGGCUGUCGCGGUCUUGAUCCUGCGGUAGCCCUUGCCGUAGAGAAUGCCAUGCCGCCCUAUCUCAUCGGUGCUGAAUCUACUGGCAUCAAUCCUUUUAGUGCUUCAACACGAUGCCCAAAUCCGCGGAAUGUCAACAAUAAGUCCUAUCCGCAGCAAAAAGCCAAUAUCCAGCCAACCCCAUUUGAACAGUUGACAGAACGCUUGAUUCGCUUUGUCCGAGAAAGGCAGGCGACUGGGGUUCCUGUAACCGAUGACGCUAUCCAACAUGAAGCACGCUGCUUUGUCUACGGUGAUGAAGAUCCGUGGAAUCAAACUGCAGCAGAUAACGCAGACUGGCUGCGAUUGUUCAAAGAUGGAAUGGGCUUAGGUCCAUCUUUGUCCACAACGACUACUUAUUCUGCCGUGGUCUCGCCAAAGCCAUCGUUUCCACUCCCGUGGACAACAAACACAACGAAUACACCGGGUAACAACGACCCACAGAGCCCGCCUGAAUCUUGUUCCCGAGUUGCACCGCCGGUUGACCCAUGGAUGCCUUGGGCCUGGCAAAGCCCUGAAUGCCUUGCGGAACUCCGCAGGUCUAAUGACCCUUCGGGAUCUUGUCCCAUGCCACCACAGAAAUGA